AUGACAACAACUAUGUCUAUGCCUCAAGAAUCACAAGUUCCAGGUGAUCGUACAGCACCAAAAGCAAGUCUUCGUCUUGAAUGGGCCUAUGGUUAUCGAGCAGCAAAUUGUCGAAGUAAUAUACAUUUAACUGAAAAUGGUGAACUAGUUUAUUUUACUGCUGCUGUUGCCAUUGUUCAAAGUGUUCAAGAAAAAGAUCAUUAUCGGCAACGAUUUUUUCUUGGUCAUGAUGAUGAUAUUAUUAGCUCAUGCUUACAUCCAGAUAAAAUCACUGUUGCAACAGGUCAAAUAGGUAAAAAUGCACAAAUUUGUGUAUGGAGUACACAAGGAAUAAUAAAAUUAGUAAGUCUUUUACGAGGACAGACAGAUGGUGUUGGAGCAAUGAAUUUUAAUGCAGAUGGAGAAAAAUUAGCUAGUGUUGGUAUUGAUCAUGAUAAUACAAUUAAAAUUUGGAAUUGGCGACUUGGAAAAAUUGUAGCAACUGUUACUGGUCAUACAGAACGUGUUUUCGAUAUUUGUUAUCUUGGUGAUCGUGUUGUUACUUGUGGUGUUAAACAUCUUCGUUUUUGGACAUUACUUGGAAAUACAUUACAAUUUAAAGAAGGUAUUUUUGGUAAAUCAGAAGCACAAACUCUUUUGUGUAUUGGAACUUUUGGACGUUCAACUACUAAAGAAUCUGCACCAUCGACAGAUGAGGAUAAUAUGUGUUUUACUGGAGCAAUUAAUGGUGAUUUAAUUAUAUGGAAAAAAAAUAAAAUCGAUCGAAUUAUUCCUGGAGCACAUAAUUCAACAAUUUAUUCAAUUGAUAUAAAUUCAAAUGCAUUUUUAACAAGCGGUAAAGAUGGUUAUGUUAAAGAAUGGACACGAGAUUUUGCUCCAACUGGACAAUCUAUACGUAUUCCAUGUUUAAUGAAUGAUGCUGAAGAAAUCAGCGUUUGUAGUAUUGCAUCACGCCAUGGUUAUUGUGUUGCUGGUACUCGUGAUAGUGAAAUCUAUGGAUUUGCAUUAAAUGAAAAUAGUCCACCUCAACUUAUUGUCCUAGGUCAUCAUGAUGAUAAUUUAUGUGCAUUAGCUUGUCAUCCACGAGAAAAUAUUUUUGCUACUGGUGGAGAAGAUGGUUCACUUAGAUUUUGGAAUGCUGAACGAAUGUCAUUAAUAACAUAUUAUGUAACACCUUAUGUUCCAUUAACACCACCACCUGCUAUUCGAUCUUUAGCUUUUUCAUCAGAUGGAAGUCAAAUUGCUGUUGGAUAUGAAAAUGGUUAUAUUGAAAUUUAUCGAACAAUACUAAAACCACAUGAUGAAGAGCGUUUUCAACCGAUACAUACAAUUAAUGAUCAUUCAUAUCGUAUUCAAUCAUUGGCUUUUUCUCCAAAUGAUAAAUACCUUGCAGUUGGAUGUAAUGAUGGAACUUUUGAUAUUUAUGACAUAAAAAAUCAAUUUAAACAUCUACAUGUUAAAAAUUCAAAUAAUACUUUAAGUGUUACAAAUAUCGAUUGGACUGAUGAUGAAAAAUAUGUGCAAUAUACUGGCGAGAAUAAACAAGCCUUUAUUGUUAAAAUACCUUCUUUUGAAAUUGUUGCUGACAAUGAGAAAGAUAAUAUUCAUAAUUGGUUCACAUUUACAAGUCUCAAACAUAAAGAAGUUUGUGGAAUAUGGAAUAAAUUUGCUGAAAAAACCGAUAUUGUUACUAUUGUUGGAAAUGAACAAACAGGUGUUAUUGCUGCUGGUGAUGAACAAGGUCUUAUUAAAUUAUUUCGUUUUUCAAGUGAAAAACGUGGUGCUCAUUUUAAAAAAUAUGUUGGACAUUCUAGUCGAAUCGCUAAAGUUUGUUUUCUUCAUGAUAACAGUCGUUUAAUAUCAAUUGGUAGUGAUGAUCGUACAAUUCUACAAUGGAGUUUUCUAUCAGAAUCAGAUUCAAUUGCAGUCGUUGAUGCACGACGCUUAAAUGCAGCCCCAAUAAGUUUCAGACCAGGAAUGGAGGAAACAAUGAAUGCAGAUUUCGUAGAUGGAACAAUUGAAGAUGCACAAUUGUUAGAAACUGCACAACAAACUGGAGCUUAUUUAGAUUCAGAUUCUGAAGAUUCAGAUUCAGAUCUAAGUGGUGCAGAAAUUGAUUCAGAUAUUGAAAAAGAGAAACAAAUUUCAUAUGAUAGAGCUUUAUAUAGAGAAGAUUAUCAGAAAUUAAAAAAAACAAUGAAAGAAAAAUUACCACCAGGUGAAAAAAGAAAAAAACAACCUGAUGAAGGUCUUUCACUUGAUUAUGCAUUUGGAUAUCGUGGUUAUGAUUGUCGAGAUAAUGUUUUUUCUUUAAAAACUGGUGAAAUUGUUUAUCAUGUUGCUGCAUUAGGAAUUGUUUUAAAUACUGAACAAAAUUCACAACGAUUUUAUAAUUGUCACACGGAUGAUAUUUUAUGUUUAGCUGUCUCGCCUGAUAUGUCAUUAGUGGCUACAGGACAGAUCGGCCGUGAUCCACCUGUUCAUGUCUGGGAUCCAAUAACAAUGCAAACAAGUUCAAUACUUAAAGGUCAACAUUAUCGAGGCAUUUCUGCUGUUGGAUUUUCUAAAAAUGGUAAAUCGUUAGCAUCAGUUGGUUUAGAUGAUUAUCGGACACUUGUUAUCUGGGAUUGGAAAAAAGGAGAAAAAUUAGCUUCACAAAGAGGUCAUAAUGAUAAAAUCUUUUGUUUACGUUGGAAUCCUCAUGAUGACGAUCGAUUUGUUACAGUUGGUGUUAAACAUAUUAAAUUUUGGACAAAAGCUGGUGGUGGCAUGACAUCAAAACAAGGAGUUUUUGGAAAAUCUGCUGGAAAACAAGGAAAACAAAAUCAAAUGUGUGUUGUUUUUGGUAAAACAGCUGAUAUUUGUAUUACUGGUGGUGGAGAUGGUUGUAUUUAUAUAUGGACUGGAACUACAUUAACAAGAAAAGUUGAUGAUGCACAUCAAGGACCUUUAUUUGCCAUCACGAUCGUACAAGAUAAAGGAUAUGUAACUGGUGGAAAAGAUGGCAAAGUUAUACUUUGGGAUCCAGAGUUUAAGAAACGGAUUAAAACGUAUGAAUUAACUAAUAAAAAUUUAGCUCCAGAUUCUCGAGGUAUUCUUACUGAAGCAACAACUGUAGUUCGAGCUGUUAGUUUAACACGUCGUAUUAUUGUUGGAACACGAGGUGGAGAAAUAUGUGAAAUUGAAAAAGAUGGUCGAAUACGUAUUCCAAUACAAGGUCAUGCGGAAGGUGAAAUGUGGGGUUUGAGUACUCAUCCAAAAAAAUAUGAAAUAUGUACUGUAAGUGAUGAUAAAACUGUACGAAUAUGGUCAUUACAAGAUCGACGAAUGCUUCGAUUUAAAGCAUUUCAAGACUUAUUACGUACAUGUGAAUAUUCACAAAGUGGAAAAACAAUUGCAGUUGGAACAAAAAAUGGACAUUUUAUGAUUUUAAAUGAAGCGGAUUUAAGUAUUAUUGUAACUGUUCCACAUAGAAAUCAAGAAGUAUCAGAUAUAAAAUUUUCACCAGAUGAUCGACAUUUAGCUGUAGGAACACAUGAUAAUUUUGUCGAUAUUUAUAAUGUUGAAACACAAAAACGAGUUGGUAUUUGUAAAGCAAAUUCGUCAUAUAUUACACAUAUUGAUUGGGAAUCCAAAGGAAAAUUAAUAAUGACAAAUUCUGGUGCAAAAGAACAACUAUUUUAUGAAGCACCGCGUGGUACUAGAAUUACAUCUAUUAAAACAACUGAUAUUGAAAAAAUGGAUUGGUUUACAUGGACAGGUGUAUUAGGACUUGUUUGUGAAGGUAUUUGGCCUCCAGCAACUGAUGUAACUGAUGUUAAUUCAACUGAUUUAACAAAAGAUAAGAGAAUUUUAGCAACAGGUGAUGAUUUUGGUCUUGUCAAAUUAUUCGACUUUCCUGUUAAAGGUAAAUUUGCUAAAUUUAAACGAUAUACAGGUCAUAGUGCUCAUGUCACUCGUGUUCGAUGGACAUAUAAUAAUUCAUAUUUAAUAUCAAUUGGUGGUCGUGAUGUUGCUGCGUUAGUUUGGAAACAUGAAGGCAAUACUGUUGUUGAUGUUGCUCCCACUUCUCAAACAAAAACAACUGUUAAAAGUGUUCGUGCAACUCCUACUGCAACUCCUACUGCAGCUGUGCCUAUACGAGCAGAACGAGGUGAAAGUGAUGAUUCUGAUAAUACAGAUUCUGAAGAAGAAGGUUAUGAUUCGGAUGUUCAACAUGAUCGAAGUAUGGAUUAUAAUGCGCGAAUUCUUAUUAAUCCAGUUCGAUCAAAACAAGAUAAGCAAGAAAAAACUCGACCAUCAACAACAGGUCAAAAACCUAUCCGUUUGAAAGUAAAACCAUCGCAAAGAAAAAUCAACGAUGAAGUAGCACUUGUUAAAGCAGCAUUAAAAUCAAGUAUUGGUUUGGGUUUAUUAAGUGCGGCACAUGAAAAUUCAGCAACUAAUGAAGCAGUAGAUCUUGAAAAUAAACCACGAGGACGUAUUGUUGAUCUUGAAUUAGAACAUAUUCAUGGUUAUCGUGGUUUUGAUUGUCGGGAUAAUUUAUUCUAUUUAGCCGAUAAUGAAUCAAUUGUUUAUCCAGCAGCAGGUACUUGUGUUGUAUAUCAUGUUCGUCGUGGUACACAAAAAUUUUAUAAAAAACAUACUGAUGAUAUUAUAUCAAUGGCUGUAUAUAAUGGAGAAAAAUAUGGAAAUAUUGUUGCAUCUGGACAAAUUGGAGAAAAUCCAACAAUACAUAUAUGGAAUGCUCAAACAAGAGAAACACUUUCAGUAUUAUCUGGAAAACAUAAACGAGGUGUUUGUUCAUUAAGUUUUUCAACAAGUGGAAACUUAUUAUUAUCAGUUGGUGUUGAUGCUCCAUACACAAUAGCCGUAUGGCGGUGGAAAGAAGGUAUAAAUGUUGCAUGUACAAUCGGUUCAGAAGAACGAAUAUUUCGUGCAUUAUUUCGUCCUAAUUCGGACACACAUUUUGUAACAGCUGGUGUUAAACAUUUAAAAUUUUGGUCUCUAGCUGGUAAUACAUUGGUCGAAAAAAAAGCUAUUAUUACAAAAACAACAGAUGGAAGACGAUCAACUAAAAUGCAAACAAUGCUUUCUAUUGCUUUUGGACUAGAAGAUCGUACUUAUACGGGUAGUAUGACAGGUUUAAUUUUUAUUUGGCGUGUUAAUACAUUAGAACGAACAGUAACUGCUCAUGCGGGACCAAUAUUUUCAAUGUUUAGCUCAGACAAUUGUAUUGUGACGGGCGCUAAAGAAAAACGUUCUCUUGGUUCAACUCGAGCACUUAAUCCAGUUAAAAUUUGGGAUUAUAAUAUGGAGAAUGGACGACCAAUAAAACUUGAUUUACCUCAAACCGAUACAAUAUGUGCUCGAUCUGUUUGCCGAAAUUCUCAAGGAAAAAUUUUAAUUGGUUUAAAAACUUCUGAUAUUAUUGAAGUUGAUGAUAAAUCAUCAGGUUCUCGAUUAGCUUCAUUAGCAUUUGGACAUGGUGAAGGACAAUUAUGGGCAUUAUCACCACAUCCAACUGAACCAAUGUUUGCUACAGGAAGUUAUGAUCGAAAUCUUGUUAUUUGGGACAUGAGUACUAAAGGUCUUGUAGUUAAACGUGAUAUGGGGAAAGAAAUUCGAAGUGUAUCAUUUGAUGUUGAAGGCACUUCAUUAGCUGUCGGAUUUAAAGAUGGACAAAUUAGUUUAGUUCAAUUUUCUAAAGAGAAAAAAGAAUUAGCAGAUGUUGAUAAAACAAGAGAACGAAAUGCUGCUAUCACUUGUAUUAGGUUUAGUCCUGAUAAAAAAUUAUUAGUUUCUUCAUCAGAUAAUUGUUGUAUUGACUUUUUUGAUAUUCAACAAAAUCAAUUGACACGUAUUGGUUAUGUAACACAUAUUGAUGAUGCCGUUUUACAUAUAGAUUGGUCUACGAAUUCGGAAUAUAUUAGAACAACUACAGCUGGUUAUCAGGCACUUGUUUUUCGCGCACCAAUUGGUGAAGAAGUUAAAAAUCAUGAUGAAAUUGAAAAGAUUGUUUGGGAUUCGUGGACAAGGUAA